AUGUGCCGCCUCGCGAUCCCAGCCAACAGCGCGGACACAUGUCUCCUCUGCGCCACAACAGGCCAGAGAAAGUGUAAUCACGAGCUUGCAGUCUGUUCAAACAAGGCCGUCCAUCCCAACUGGAAUUCGUAUCACUACAAGAAUGCUGGUGGUAUAUCAACAUUUCAAGGUUGUGGUUUCUGCAAGAAUGCGAAAAGGAGCGGCUAUAGCGCGCCAGCCAGGACGAUUCAAGACAACCCUGGAUGGCCAGGAUGCUGCUAUCCACCUACAGAACGGUUUUAUUCCUGGAUUCUACCCCAGGACUGGCCUUAUGUCGCGACCUAUCAUCAUAUGGAAAUACCGCCCACGGUGAGGUCCGCGCUCGAUAACAUGCACAAGAAAUCGCGUGAGAAUCAGCGUCCCUCAAUCGAGAUCGCCACCGGGCGGGUCAGCCAGCAACCAGUCCCCAUCCCCAAAGCGAAUACGGCAAAUCUGUCCCAGCCACGCUCAUACUCUCCCGGUGGGCUCUAUUCACCUGCAACACCCGGGAGUGACCGGUCCUCUCGCCACCGUGGUUCGGUGUCUUCCAACAACUCGUCAAACUCUUCCGGCUCUCCGCCGAGUUCCACUGGUUCCAAUGGUUCCAAUGCAUCCCGCCGCCGCGAGCAUGAUUUCGAUGGGUCUGAACGUUCGUCUCCCAUUAGUCCGAUUCGUUCCAACAGCCAGGAUGAACACCGACCCAUCAAACCGUCGAGUGUCGGCAGUCGUCGGACCGAGUCCCCAGGUGGCAGCCCACGCGACAAGGAUUCAUUGAUGGGCAAGCGCAGGUCGAAUUCAGAUCCAAAGUACCAGCAGCAACAACCACCUUCUGCGUAUGACCGACAACGCGGGAGGGAGUCUCCUGCUUUACCCACGACGACGACGCAGAAGAGGUCAAGUCCGCCUGCUUCUACCAUUUCCUCAAACCAUCCGUAUUCGAAUCCAUACAGCCCAGCGUCGUCCUCAAUGAAACGGUUGAAUCAGAUUGCGGCCCCGUCUCCACCGCGUCAGGUCCUUCCCGCCCCGGUUCCCCGCUCGCGCGAGAACAAUGAUCCAUCCAUCUCGAGUGUCAUGGCUAACAUGGUCAAUAUGAAUAUCAACGGUCUCACGCCUGCCGCCCUUUCUCGCAUGCAAAUGGAUAGCAAGCGAGGUGUCAUUCCUCCCCACGUCCGCAAAGCUGGUUCAGUCGUUUCUGCAGCCUCGGGCUCUUCCUCUUCGACCAACUCGUCUGCUCGAGAAGGCACGGUCAUUUCUGAUGGCGCAUUCACGGAUUACCUGUCAGACGACUCUGAUUUCGAUCUCCAACGGCAAGCCGAAGUCGAGGCCGAGAACCUGUAUCAAGAGGCCCUUCGUAAACACGAGGAGAAUGAGUUUAGGGAAGCCAGGGAGUCGCUGGCAAACGCCUCUGGGUUAAAUCGCCGGUACGCGAUGCCCAACGGCCCAUCACGCAUUCGCGUCUAG